CUUAACAUUAUCGAUAGCACUUUACAUUUUGUCUACAUUGUGUUCAUAUUGUGACAACAAAAUAAAUAAAUAAUAAUAAUGGGUGGACAUGGUCACGGAGAGCCCUACACGGUACCCCAUCCUUCGUGCUAUAAGGUAGAGAAUGUGCCUCAAUUGCUGAAAGUCAAGGAGGCACUUGGCCGCCAGGGCUUAAACGACCCAUGGCUGAGGAACGAGGCUUGGCGCUACGAAAAGAAGGGAUUCGGUACUCACGGCUCUCGCUUGAGUACAUUUAUGUUCCGCGGCCUCGGUGUCGGUUUUUGUGCAGUUGUCGCCACCAUCGCAAUUGAAUAUGCUCUUGGAAUCGGCAAGGGCCAGGGUGACCAUGGACAUGGUCACGGCGACAAGAAGGAUCAUUAGAGCAAGCUCUUUAAUUAAGUGAUUUAGUUGAAUAAAUAUGCAAAUGUGAAUACGCUCUGAUA